AUGGCAGAAACCGAGCGAGACACCGAGCUCCAGACUUUAGAGGCCAUAUUUCCAGAGAUACAAACGCCCAACAAGGAGGACCCUUAUACCAUCGCCCUCGAACUUCCCGUCACCCCCUCGAAGCCUGUCAUUGUCUACUUUCCCACCGCUUCCAACGAUGGUCCACCUCCAGAUCCCACCGUUGGACGAGCCCCAAAUGGCGUCAACCCCCACGCCGGCCCCGCCAUAGCUGGUGGCGGCCAACAGGGCGAACCGCAAGUUGACUCCCAUGAACUAGCCCACCUCCCAUCGAUACGGCUCGAACUUUCUUUCGGCCCCCGAUACCCCCGGGAAGAACCUCCCAAGGUUAGCAUUUCUACAAAUCCGCCAUGGCUUCCAUCCGAAACGAUCAAGAAGCUCCAGGAGGACGGUCCGAGGCUAUGGGAGGAUAUGGGGCGUGAUAUGGUCGGCUUCAGCUACAUCGACCACAUACAACAGGCGGCCGAGGAGAUAUUUGGACUGGUUGGUGACGGAGAUGCGUUGGAGGUUGACCCGAGCCACAGGAUUGCCAUUCUCGACUACGACAUCAGAGCCAGGAGAGCUGCUUUUGAGAAGGAGACCUUUGAGUGUGGUGUAUGUCUGGAUCCCAAAAAGGGCGCCUUUUGCCACAAAAUGAUGGACUGUGGGCACGUCUUUUGCGUCGAAUGUCUCCAAGACUUUUACAACAGCGCCAUCAAAGAGGGGAACUUGGCGGCAGUCAAAUGUCCAGCACCCAACUGCGCCAAAGAACGUGAAAAGUCACGGUCUCCCUCGGGUCGAAAGCGGAAAAAGCCAAAGGUCUUCAUCAGCCCUAGCGAACUGCUCCAGAUCCCCAUCGACGAGGACACCGUCAGACGCUACGUGACGCUCAAAUACAAGACCGAGCUCGAGUCGGACAAGAACACGAUCUACUGUCCCCGUCAAUGGUGCAACGGUGCCGCCAGGUCGAAGAGGCAUAAACGACCUACCGGCCUAGAACUCGCCGACGCAUCAGAAGACGACGAAAGCUCGACCUCUGAAGACGAUGACGACGACGACGACAACGAAGAGACGCCCGAAGGUGAAGUCGGAAAGUCGAAACCGUACAACAAGACGGAGGACCUGCUGUCGAUAUGCGACACGUGCAGCUUUGCCUUUUGCAGCAGGUGCAUGCAGUCGUGGCACGGGGAGUUUGUCGGCUGCCGGAGGCCAAAGGAGGAGCUGACGGCGGAGGAGCUGGCGACGAUUGAGUACAUGAAGGCGCACACCACCCCUUGCCCUACGUGUGCUGCCCCUGCGCAGAAGACGCACGGGUGCAACCACAUGAUUUGCUAUCGGUGCCAGACACACUUUUGCUACUUGUGCUCUGCGUGGUUGGAUCCGGGGAAUCCGUACCAGCAUUUCAAUACGGCGCCUGACGGGAGGGUGACGAGCUGUUUUAUGAGGUUGUGGGAGCUGGAGUUGGGGGAUGGGGCGGAUGUGGGUUAUGGAUUUGCGGGCGGGGGGGCGGGGAGGCCCGCGCCGGCGGUGGUGUUUGAUGAGAGGGUUGAGCAGUUUAUUCCUGAGAUUGAGGAGGCUACGGAUGGGGAGGAGGAGGAGGGGGAGGGGCAGGAUCAGGGGGUUAGGGGGAGGCCGGCGGUCGCAGCACCGGUUCAACAGCCUCCUCUUCGGCCACCGGCACCACAGCAACCGGCUGGUGGUCCGGCGCAGGAGGUUGGGAUUGCGAGGGAGGGACCGCUGGUGUUGAGGAUUGCUGCUAAUAACCCGGCGCCUGCUGCUCCUGCUCCGGUGCCAGCGCAGGGAGGGGGGAAUAAUGCUGGGGUAGCAGCAGCCCGCGGAGGUCCGCGUGGGAGACAGGGAGCUGGUGGUGCGUUGGCUGCUCGAGGUGGGAGAGGAGGUGUACAUCGAGGGGGACAUCAACAGAGAGGUGGAGGUGGUGGUCGGGGAGGUCGGGGAGGAGGACACGCCGGCUUCGGACCCGGCGGACAAGGAGGCCAUAACAGAGGAGGUGGCCGAGGGGGUGGUGGUGGUGGCCACCGGCAAAAUGCUAAUAAUCAGGCACAACAGGGGCAGCGUCGUAAUAACAACCAGAACAACCAGAACCAAGCAGGAGCUGGGGGAGGGGAGCAUAACAUGGUGGAGAUGAUGGAGAUGCUGGAUGGGAACGGGGAGCUGGACCCGAGACAGGAGGAGUGGGUGAGACGGUUUGUGAGGUUGGCGUUGAACGAUGAGGAGGAUGAUUUUAAUGAGGAUGAUUUUGAUUUUGUGGUGCCGAGGUGA